AUGCGCUUGACAUCUUCAUAUUUAAACUAAAGUAAGAAUGACUUCGGUGUGGAAGAGACUACAACGAGUUGGCAAAAAAGCCUCUAAAUUUCAGUUUGUUGCGUCUUAUCAAGAACUUAUUUUGGAGUGCACAAAGAAGUGGCAGCCAGACAAACUGAGAGUGGUAUGGACGAGAAGAAACAGACGCAUCUGUUCCAAGCUUCAUGGAUGGCAGCCAGGGAUUAAAAACCCCUACAGGGGUAUGGUGUUGUGGCCUGUUCCUGAAAAUGUUGACAUCGCAGUCACACUCUUUAAGGAUCCUCAUGCGGAUGAGUUUGAGGACAAAGACUGGACAUUUGUCAUUGAGAAUGAGACAAAGGGUCAUCGCAAAGUGCUGGCAUCAGUGGACAUAAACAUGAAAAAGUUUGCCAGCGCCAUGCCAACUCAGACAGACUUAACCCUGAAACUGAAGCCGCUGUCAGUCAAGGUGGUGGAGGCUACUCUGAAGCUCUCUCUGUCCUGUGUGUUCCUCAGAGAAGGAAAAGCCACGGAUGAGGACAUGCAGAGUGUGGCCAGCCUGAUGAGUGUUAAACCCACAGACAUUGGGAAUCUGGAUGACUUUAACGAGAGCGACGAGGACGAAGACAAGAGAUCCAGCGCUGGAGCCAGUCUCAGCACGGCAUUUUCAGAGAUACACAGACAGCUGAACACGCUAACAGAGGAGGACUGUUCGAGCUCAGUUGCUCAGGACACAAAAGUGUCCGAGCAGAAGACUCCGGUCUCAUCCCAGGCCACAGAGGCCAAACAACCUCUGACUCUGGUCCGUGUCGGAGAUCCACACCGCUCACCUCGUGCUGCUGGCAACAUCAGCAUCGCCAACCAACGUACUUCUCCACCUCAGGGCCCUGCCUCUGAAGAAAAGGGGAAAGUGCUAGGACCCAGUGUUGGAUUGGAUAGUUCUGUGAAACGAUCCAGUGUCACACAAGAGACGAAGCAGCACCACAGCCUGUCUGGUAUAGACAAAUCCACCAAGAAUGUCCAGUCCCCAGCUGCAGGUCCAGACAACUUGAUGUCUCAGAACAGUGGUCAGACUGCAGUGAAAGAGGAAAGCCCCUCCGUGGAACCAGUUGCCCCUAGACGGACCAGAAAGAAAACUCCUCCACCUGCAGUGGUUCUGGAAAAGGUUCCAGCAGUAGAUGAAACAGAUGGAAAGGAUACAGCUGUACCUUUGCAGGAGAUAUCCAGUCCUAUACCUAGCCCUUGCCUGGUCAACUCCAGUCAGUCUUUACUGGAGUGGUGCCAGGAAAUCACAAAGGAUUAUAAAGGCGUGAAGGUCACCAAUUUCAGCACGUCCUGGCGCAAUGGCCUGGCUUUCUGCGCCAUCCUGCAUCAUUUUUAUCCUGAUAAAAUUCAUUUCAACCAACUGGACCCCUAUGAUAUUAAGUCAAACAAUAAAAAGGCUUUUGAUGGUUUUGCCUCACUGGGCAUUUCCCGACUGUUGGAGCCCUCAGACAUGGUACUUCGCUCUGUACCGGACCGUUUGAUCGUCAUGACUUACCUUUGUCAAAUCCGCUCCCACUUCACGGGACAGGAACUGAGCGUUCUUCAGAUUGAACACAACAGCAGCCAGUCCAGCUACGCUGUGGCAGAGCCCAGCCCUGCCACUGACGUGGACGCGGCUGCCCGCUACUGUGCGGAGAGACUGCAGGCUGGAGCCAUAGCGCUGGAAACCAAUGGCAAGCCACGUAAAGAGGAGGACACUGCUACUCAGGGUGUUGUUAAACCUAAUGGGAACUUGGUCCCACCUCCACGGACAAAGCGCAUCCUAAAGGCGGAGGAUAAGGGAGGCAGUGAACCAAGUCUGGAGGGAGAGGCGAAAGGGACUGAGGGUGGUGUCCAGACCCCCGUGCCACCGCCCAGGCCAAACGCGUCCGCUGCCAAAUCGGGCUUUAGUCACGUGAGGGAUGCAGACCUGGUGAAGAAACGCCGAUCACGUUUAAAGAGCGAGUCCAUCGAUGAGAGCGACUCGCAUGAGCAACAAAGCGUCAAAAACACUGAGACCAAAAGUGAGAUAGAAGUUGAUGGGAAGAAUGGCUCCACCAGUGCAAGAGAGACGACUUCAGAAUCAGAAGCCACCAAAGACAACAGACCAGUAGAGGACGAUAAACUGUGUCUCCAGGACACCAAUCAAUACGUGUUGAGCGAGCUCCAGGCUCUUGAAACAGAGCAGAAGCACAUUGACAACAGAGCUGCCAUUGUAGAGAGGAGACUCAGGCAUCUAAUGGAGACAGGGAGUGAUCGAGACGAAGAGGAGAGACUGAUUCAGGAGUGGUUUGUUCUGGUCAACAAGAAGAAUGCUCUCAUCAGGAGACAAGAUCAGUUGGAGCUUUUGCAAGAAGAGCAGGACCUUGAGAGACGAUUUGAGCUGCUCACUAGAGAGCUUAGAGCCAUGAUGGCCAUAGAAGACUGGAAGAAAACACAGGCUCAGCAGCACAGGGAACAGCUACUGCUGCAGGAGCUUGUGUCCCUGGUCAACCAGCGUGACGAACUGGUCCGAGACAUGGAUGCGAAAGAAAGAGGGGCCCUGGAAGAGGAUGAGCGUCUGGAGCGAGGGCUCGAGAUGAGACGCAGAAAGUACAGCAACAAAGACAAAUGUGUGCUGCAGUGA